AUGCGGCCGCCAACGUUGAGAGCCGCCACCGCAUUGCGGUGUCUAGUGAUAGCACUUUCUGUUGGUUUAAUCAGUGCCCAGAGUAGUGAACACUUUGAAGAUGCAGACAAAUUGAACGAAUAUACGGAUCAGGAGUUUGAUCUAAGGCAUACGAUACCCGGUGAACCAGGUGUAGAUUAUCCCAUUUUAAGUGCUUUGCCCAAGACUAGUUUUGUGUGCCAGGGCAGACAUGAGGGUUACUAUGCCGAUGUCGAGAGUCGCUGUCAAGCCUUUCGCAUUUGCGCACACACGGCUCGUUCCCCUCAAGGAUUUGGUUUCCUUUGCCCCAAUGGAACACUGUUUAGCCAACAACAUUUCGUCUGUGAUUGGUAUCGCAAUGUCAAUUGCGAUGAAUCGGAGCAAUACUAUCAAAUGAAUGACGAAAAGAAAGUGGGCAAUACUCAUGAAAUGAUGGAACGUGUGCGUCAAAUGAUGGAAUAUCCUAUGAAGACCAUUUCGAAGGCUUUGCAACAGACCACGACGUCGCAACAAUCCAAGCCGACAACGAAACGCAAGCAAUUGUCCGAGGUUUCAUCUGUUGGGGAAGCCACCUCGACUCGGGGUGAGGCCAUCAAGAGUGAACCCUUGGGCGCAGUUGCCGACAUAGAUGGGGGCGAUGAUAUCUAUGUUAAUAGCCUAGGUGAACUAUCCUCCGAUCCGGGCAUACAAUUUGAUCAUACCAAUGCCCACAUCAUAGCCGAAUAUCCACGUGAGUAUCACUAUCAGAAGCAACAGAAUUUCGCCGAACGAGUGAAUGCUGGCCUUGAAGUCGAUUCCACCGAUGCGACCUCAUCCAAUGAGGUAAUGGCUCCGGACUACAUCAAACAUAUACGCAACACCAAGGAUGAGGCCACCCAAAUGGAUUUGGUAUCGAAUAUUAACAAUUUGCUAGAUGAAGUCUCAACCGAUUUGGAUCCCAGUGUGUCGGGCUAUCAAGCCAUGAGUCCGGCCAUGAAGGUGAAGCAACCAUUUAGAUUUCUGAGUCGUGGAUUUUCCAUGAACAGUGAUAAAUCCAAGAAUUCAGCUUAUGUUUAUAAUAGGCCAAAACAAACAGCGGGCACUGUCAGAUUUACGCCCAAUGAGAUACCAAAUGAAGCUCAAAAAGAUCUUGACCAUAAAGUUAAAUUCCCAAAAACCACAACUGAAUCCAUAGCUGAAGAGUUGGCCGAACCUCUUCUAAUAGCUCCCACCUUAUCACCGAGUUUGGAAGAUGAGCAGGAGACCACAGUGGGAACCACAGAAGCAGGAACAUCAACAACUGGCGCCACUCUGAUUGAUCAACCAUUGGGAUUGCUGGCACCGCCAGAAAUUGAAAUAGAAUCCCUAGGUCAGGCAGCCGCCUUGACAGCCAAUUUACCACUGGCUGAGGAUUUGUCGCCACCGGAACUCAAUGCUGAUGUCAUCGAAAAAACCGAUGCACACCAUCAAGCUGCCAAAUUAUUGCUAGCUGGAGUCAAAUUGUCAUCCCACAAUGAUGAAACGGAAACCGCCUUGCGUACCAACGAGCUUACACAGGGCAGAUCGGAACCACAGAGAACCACAACGACCACAACAACUUCCGCUCCACUUCCCACUCUGGUGAUGAGUACCUCAACGGAAACGGUUACUGAAAUCAGCAGCACCCAGGAACGCAUCCGCGGCUAUAGACGCUUUGCCCAUCAGCGUGUAGGUGGUGCUACCGGUGUUGGCGCCACCUCAGCGCGACGCCCUAGUGUACGUCCUCUGCCCUUGGUCAUUAAUCGCAGUUCGACCACGAGUACCACUCAGCGAACAACCACACCCACUCGCAGUUAUAUAGAACGUUUGGCAGCUAGUCGUUUGCGUCUCUCGCGACUGCACACGGCGAAGCCAACAACUUUGGCAAUCCCAGCAGCCUCUCCAACAACAACAACAACGACGACGACGACAACGACAACAGUUUCCCCAUUGUCACAUGUUCGCGGAGGCGUCGACCAAGGACCCAGCAAAAAGUUGGCUGUGCGCAACAUCGAGAAAGAGACGGGUAAUGAGCCACCAGUUAAGGCCAGUUGGGAGAGUGUGCACAGUAAUCUGCAACGUUACCAAGUACAGCGAGGCAAUCGCGUUUACACGCCAGCAACACGAGCUGCUGCUGCGGUUAGAAGCACCACUGAAGCUCUUAAUCACAUUGCCACCACCAAAACAAGUUCUCUGAAUGUGAAUCGUGGACGUAAUCGUUAUUCCAGCUACAAGGCUCCUGUGCAGCGAACCCGUGGGACUACCACUCAGCGAACCACUACCACAACAAGAACUACAACACCUCCACCACCGACUACUCCCGCUGCUCUAUCCACCUUGUCACAGCAAAUUUCGGCAUUGGCAUCUAGUUAUAAUCAGGGCUAUAGUUACACACCAGUUCCGUCGUUUAAUACACCUUUCCGUCAGACCAACACCAACAACAUUAACAUCAACAGCAACACACCCAUUCACACACCAUCCUCUAGUCUAUCUACUUCUUCUGCCUCCUCAUCUUCCGCCACUUCUUCUUCAUCAUCUUCUGCCUUUUUGCCUUUUGAUAAGCUUACUCGCGCCAUUGUUGAUGAAUCCAUUUUGCAGAAUUUUAAGAGUACCCAACAAAAGGUUACCCAGUCCCAGCAGCAGCAGCAACAGCAACAUCAACAUCAACAACAGCGUGUGAUCAAGCCAAGCUAUGUUAAGCCAGCCACAGCUCCAGCUAUUGCCAGCUUGACUGUACCGCCACGCCCACAGCAAUUGCCCACUCCACCUGGAAUAGUGAUAGCUCGUGCUGAAGGUCAAAGAAUUUCCCCCAAUUCAGCUAGCAAUAUUAUCUCCUCUCUGGCUAGCCAACCGCAAACGCAACAGACAAGCCAAAGUCAAUCUUAUGUUUCACUGAAUGACUUUCUGAAUAAUAAAUUUGGCCAGACACAGGCUGAGGCAUCCACAUUGCAGCAGCAGCAGCAGCAACCGCAACAACCGCAACAACGUCAGCCCCAACAGCAGCAGCGUGUACAGCAGCAACGGCAGCAGGUACAGCAGCAACACACACAACGGCAGCAGCAGCAACAUCCCAUUCACCAGCAACAACUUAGUUAUAUAUCACAACAAUAUCAGCCACAACAACAACAGCCGCAGCAACAGAUUGUCUAUCAGCAAUAUCAGCAACAGCCACAGACCUAUCAGCAACAAUUCCACCAUCAGCAGCAGCAGCCACAACAAUCUUCGUCCAUUCAAACGAAUCAACAGCCAUAUUUAACACCCAACAUCUUUGUAUCAUACCAACAGCAACAGCAACAGUUGCCACAAUUCCCACCACUAGCCCAACCAUUAGGCCCAGCAGCCUCAUCACCAAAAGGAGCAAUCCUAUCCAGCCGUCAGGUUGAUCAUCAUUUGAAUGUGCAAUUACCCGCCUUGCCCAAUGGACUGAUACCAGCACCGAAUAGUUUGCAAUUGGCGCAAAAGCGCAGCGAUGUCUCAGUCAAUCAGUUGCAAUUAACCAAUUCGAAUCCCAGCCGGGAGAGAUCCUUCUAUGCCGGCCGGACAUCAUACGAUGUGCCACAGAGCAGUGUCGGACGAUUAUCCAACGAUAUUACGGAUUUAAGGCGACGUUUGCGUCGCUAUUGAGAAGAUUGCCGUGAGGGUUAGUAAUAAAUACUACAAAUAAAUUCAUAGCUAAAUUAUUUAUGCCUAAGUUAAGUUAACAAUAGAAUUUAG